AUGAUCCAGAAACUCUACCAAGAAGGUAUUUACCACCAGGGACUUAUUCAGACCUAUACCGCCUAUACCAGGCUGAAUGCUUUGCACAGGAACAACCAACAGCUUCAGCGUCAACAUUUUUUCCGGGUCCUGCAAUCCUCUGGGUGCCGCAAGAAGAUCAAGUUCCGUGGAGAAUCAACACAUGCACAAUGCUCAACCUGUCACAAGCUGAAAAGUGGUAUCCACAAUGCCCGAGAUCUGAAUGAACAUGCCAAAUCCUGUGACAAAUAUAUGAGACAUUUGAGCGGUGUCUUUGCAGAUCGGCAAGUGUACGCUCAGCUGAAGAACAGGGCCAAGGUCCAGGGUGACCUCUUGACAUGCAUCAUCGAUUCUAUGGACAAAUCAAAAUUCCGGCUUCCACGAUUUGCAGCAGGAAGAACACCAAAGAACCUAGAGACCAAGAAAAGACCUGAGUUGGAAUUCACAGCGUGCUUGAUGCACGGUCAUGGUGUCUAUGUAUAUGUCACCGAUGCCGAACAAAGUACUGGUGCAAAUUGGAGCUUGGAGGUGUUAUCAUUGAGCGUGGCUGUUUAUAUGGAUGAUGAGCGAAAGGAGGUGCUGAUUGAACUGGCAGACUACAUUGAGACCCACUACAACCAGUACAGCCGGGGUGCGCCUGACCCUGACGCUGAUACCUCCCUCAAGGCUGUAUUGACGGCAAGAAUGGAAGAGGUCAUGCAGAAAAUCUUUGAGAUGCCCUGCAUUGCAAAGCAUGUGGAGCCGCAAGCACCGGUGGUGCAUGUUCCAAUGACUUCCAUGAAGGGGAUGUAUGUGGAUUUGUGGAACCUCUCCUUUGCUGAGAAUGCCAAAUAUGGUUUGGUGGGACGUUGGCCAGCAAACCAUGCCUACAAAGCCCACUUUGGUUCAUUGUUGGACUCUGGGUUUGAAUCCCACCGGGAGAGCCUGGAGAUCAAAUUUGAUUUUACCACUGUGGAGACUGACAAGACGAUCUAUACCAUCAAGCCGUAUUCAAUAGGCUAUGUGGAUGGCCAAAACAAGGCCAUCAUCAUGAUCAGCAUCAUGGCCCUGCUGGCUGACUUGGAUCCAUGCCAGUGUGCUUGGCACACUUUUGACCCAUCUAUAUAG